UUCUUCCAGCCCCUGCACCGUCCGCGCCUCGCUCCCCUGGGCGUCAACCUGGGAGACGCCUACAUCUGCUCCGACUCAGAGGGGGGGUCUGAGAAGACAGGGGAGAGGACCAAUACCUUACCUAAGCGUCUGCGGCGUAGCCUGCACCCGGGGCUGUUGAGAAGGAUCUCCUCUACAUGGACCACCACCACCUCAGCUACGGGCRUGCCCACCAUCGAGCCCGGACCAGUACGCAGGGCCAGCAUCAGCAUCAAACCCUUCCACGAGCCGCUCGCCUGCAGCUGUGGGGAGACCGUCUCUCACAGGCUUUUUGAAGACACAGGCCUAUUUGAGACCUUCAAGAUCCCGGUUCACGAAUUCAUGAACUACUUCCAUGCUCUGGAGAAUGGCUACAGAGACAUACCAUAUCACAACAGAAUCCACGCUACAGACGUUCUCCAUGCUGUCUGGUACCUCACUACCCAGGCCGUACCAGGUCUGCCCAGCCUCAUCACUGACCAUUGCUCUGCCAGCGACUCAGACUCUGACAGCGGCAUCACACACAGUCACAUGGGCUACCUGGUGUCGAAGACCUACAGCGUGUCGGAGGAUGGGUAUGGUUGCCUGUCGGGUCUCAUCCCAGCCCUGGAGCUCAUGGCUCUCUAUGUAGCAGCAGCCAUGCAUGACUAUGACCACCCUGGGAGGACGAACGCCUUCCUGGUGGCCACAAGUGCACCACAGGCAGUGUUGUAUAACGACAGGUCGGUGCUCGAGAACCACCACGCCGCCUCGGCCUGGAAUCUGUUCAUGUCCCGUCCAGAGUAUAACUUCCUGGUUAACCUGGACCACGUGGAGUUCAAACGCUUCCGCUUCCUGGUCAUAGAGGCCAUCCUCGCCACUGACCUCAAGAAACACUUUGACUUCCUGGCAGAGUUCAAUGCCAAGGUAGGUGAUGACGUGACGAGGGGUAUUGAUUGGUCCAAUGAGAACGACAGACUGCUGGUGUGUCAGAUGUGCAUCAAGCUAGCUGACAUCAAUGGCCCACUGAAACACAAGGACCUGCACCUACAGUGGACCAAGGGCAUCGUCGAUGAGUUCUAUGAACAGGGUGACGAGGAGUCCAGCCAGGGCCUUCCCAUCAGCCCCUUCAUGGACCGCUCUGCUCCUCAGCUGGCUAAGCUCCAGGAGUCCUUCAUCACCCACAUCGUAGGACCGCUCUGUAACUCAUACGACUCCGCAGCACUCAUGCCCGGACGUUGGGUGGAGCCUAACCCCGAGGAGGAGGAGGAGCACGAGGAAGAUGAAGAGGAGGAUACGACAGAGGAUGACGAUGGGUCUACUAGCUCAGAAGCAUCGCAGAAAGGCAAAGCAGCUCCCAAGAAGAGGAGGAAAGUGUUCUGUCAGAUCACCCAGCACCUGUUGGACAACCACGAGAUGUGGAAGAAGGUGAUCGCAGAGGAAACCCCCAAGCAAAACAAUGUACCUGAGCCAAUCCUAUCCAUCCACGAGGAGGAGGAGGAGCCAGGGAGCAGGGAGGAUGUAGUGGAGGGGGAGGAGCCAGAAGAGGAAGGGGAGGUGCCAGAGGAGGAAAUAGAUGAGGAGUGGCCAGCACCCCCGCAGGACGAGUCUGAACCUGUAGAAGAGGCGGGGCCAGAGUGAGGGCCCCAAAGGCUCAUGGCGAGUGCUAUUUGGGAUCCUUGGGAUAUUGCUACCCUAAACCCUAACCCCUAACCCUAAACUUAACCAUAACCCUUACCUAACCUUAACCCGUUACCUAAACCAUUUUAAAUGUAAACUUAAAUGGGGUAGGGAUGUCCCAAGGAUCCCAGAUAGCAAGGACCAAAGGCUCAUGGGAAUGAAACAAGGCAGCCGUUAGCCCGAGCCAGAACAUGAAAUCACUUUUUCUACCCUAUUGACAAACAGGCUGAGUGAUUUUAUUAUUUUUUUUGCCAGCACAUUCACUUAGACACAACACUGUAGAAGUUUGGGACAUUGUGCCUAAUGAAAAUGUAACACAGAGUGGGAGAUAUUUACUUGUGUUUUACACAUUUUAUAUAUAAAAACAAAGAAUACAAGUCAGGUUCAGAAACAUCGGUCAAUCGUCCUCUUGAGGAACUAUCCAUUAUUACAAUAACCUACAGGAUCAUAUACUGGAUGUAACAAACUGGUAUAAGAGGUCACGAAGUACACAGACUCUUUUUGCUACCGUCAAGAGUGGAUUGAGACUUGGUCAUGAAGACCUCAAACCCAUUGUGUAAACAACGGACUGCAGAGACUGCCGCCAAUUUAUAUAUAAGAAAUAUUUUCUAAACGCAAUUAUACUUAAACAUCACAUGCACCUGUACUCAUGUGUUUUGUUUCGGGGGGGAUUUUAAGUAUUUUCUCUGGGUCUGAUAAGUCUCAGUAAUAUGGUUCUAUUUUUACUAUGUGGAUUGAGAAGGGAAAAAAUAGACCGAACAGCUUCAUACAAAUCUACAUUUUCCAUUUUUAUUAAUGUUCUUUAAUUGAUUUCACAUUGCAUCUCACACCUAUAAUCUGUAAGCACACGACAGCAAGCAUGCCCUCUAGGCAUCUUUUGGUUUUUACUGACAAACUGAAACGGUCGGUAUAGCCCAACCCUUUUAAUUAAGGCCCCUCGAUGAUCUAUGACAUCGGCAGAACCAUCAGCCGGUAACUUUUCCUUGUGUCAUGGUACUCCCGUUGUGUCAUGGUACUCCCGUUGUGUCAUGGUACUCCCGUUGUGUCAUGGUACUCCAGUUGUGUCAUGGUACUCCCGUUGUGUCAUGG